AUGGAGCUAUAAUCUAAAAUAUAGAAUUUCUUUAUUCAAUAGCCCACGCUGACAAAUAUUAAUUUAUAUAAGUUUUUCACAAUACAAACAUUCGAAGGCUUCUUAAUAUCAAUAUGGAAAAUUAUGGGAAUGAAAUUUCAUAAUUAUUAUUGUAUAUUUUUAAAGAAGAUGUAGAAUGUGAUAAAUAUGCUUUAUAUUUUUAAGGAUCGGUACAUAUUUCUUAGAAAAUGCAAUUUAAAUUAGAAAAAAAGAUUAUAAAUAAUAUUCAAAUGGUGGCGGUGAUUUAGAAGAAUAAUCAAUAAAGAGAGGGGCCGAUAGUAUGACCCUUCUUUUUAAGACAUUUAUCACUUAUUUAAUAAUGAAAAAAUACCAUUUCCAUUAUAACUUAAUAAAUUCGCUGAGUUUCUUAUAAUCUUAAUCUUUGCAAUUUAAUAUGAUCCAGCCAAAUUUGAUUAUAUUUUCACUUAAUAAAUAUUUGCCUUUUGUUUAAUGGGAAUAUUUCCAGCCAUCAUUAAGACAAUCAGCUUCAGAUAGUUCAUACAGAAUCUUAUUUAUAAAUAAGAUCUGUAUCAAGGAAAUCAAAAGCAUUUCGAUAAUAAAUAUUUAUAAUUAAAAAGAAAAGUUCUAGCCUAAAUGAAGAAAUUGGCAAAAUUAAUUAUCAUUCUCAUGUAUCAAUAUUUAAGGAUUAAAUUAUAAAAAGAAAGAAUUAAUAAGAAUAACUUCUGGAGGUAAUCACAUUUUGGAGAUUCAAGAUAUAUCCAAGGUAGAUAUAAACUGAUAUCAAUUUUUAGACUGCCUUUGA